UUACACCAGUCUUCAUAUGUUGAAUUUUAGAGUGCUGUACACAGUUAGAACAUGGGGUGUAUGAAUUCCCGGAUGGAGCCUUCGUUGGCCGACCUUGAAGCGGAAAUCGAUGCGCUACAAAUACCAUGGACAGAAGACCACUAUCCACGACCCAAACCACCACAAACCAAAUCCAAAGAGGUUUUCAAGGUUGAAGAUUACGCCGAGAUAGACCGGCGAGCCAAACAAACACCAGAAAUAAAAGCCACGACCUACCCCAAGCUGAUGAACUACCUCAUUAAAGGGUGUACCACCGAGAUGGAGAAACUGCGUUCCAUCUUCUCUUGGAUGGCGUCACAGCAGGAGAGGAUUCAGCACGGCAACUUCGACAACGUCACCGACUACCACACGCCCGUGGGCUACAUGAAACUCAUGCACGAACGGAAGGGAAAUUACUCCGCGUUUUUCGCCAUACUCUGCAGGUAUGUGAACCAGUUUAUGCCUUAUUAUGCGGUUAUAAUAUUUUUGCUGCUCCUUGAUAUUAAUGUAUUUCGUUUCUCCUUCCACAGAGAAGCCGAGCUGGCGUGUGUGAUCGUCUAUGGCAUCUCAAAGAGCUACGACUACGAAGUGGGCGACAGGGACAUCUACCACCUGCGGAACUGCUGGAACGCCGUGCACGUGGACGAGGAGUGGCGACUCAUCCACCCCCUGUGGGCCUUCCGUAAGGUGAAGGGCUUUAAUCCGGGGCGGUGGCAGUUCGUGCAGGACCCGGACGUCAAGUACCAGGGAAGAGCGAAGGAGGAGAAGGGAGAGGUCGUGGACGCCAUCGACGAAUUCUACUUCCUGGUGGAACCGGAAGUGUUUCUGCACAUGUGCAGACCUGCGGCGGACAUGGUAAAAUGGCAGCUGGUUCCCAACCCGUGGUCGUUUGAGAAGUUCGUGCACGCGCCGGUGCUGAGGCAGAAGUACUUCAGCUACAAACUGAAAUUGAUGAACCAGAACAGCUGCAUCAUCAGUACCUCUGAUUACGGGACGGCAGAGAUCCAGUUCGAGGACAAUGACCUUCCGGAACUGACCUUCACGCACGAGCUAUUCUUUGACAAUCACGCCUCCUUUAACGACCUCCCCACGGGGAUAGUGCUCGACAAAUACUGCCUCAUCAGCCGAAAGCAAAACAAGGUCUCCUUUCACAUCAGAUGUCCCGUCCCGGGGAUCUACAAACUGCGAAUAUACAGCGGGUUCACGGUUCUGUACAACGUCUGUGACUUUCGCAUUGAGUGCGACAAAGCUGCCCCCGACGUAAAACCGUACCCGUUAAUCCGGGCGGUUUCGUUUGGAUUUACCCAGAAUGCCAUAGCGAAGGGACUCGAUUACCCGUCAGAGUACGGCGGCAUCAUUAAGCUGCAGUCUGGACAGGGGAAGAUCUUCACGUUUGGUAUGACGUCAGAUGUUGACGUCAGAUCCGUUCUGCUGCACCACUACAAGAAGCUGGAGGAGACGAAGCGAUACGUGGUCACAAAGAAACGUCAGGAAAACUUCCAUUCCGUGGAGAGGGCGUACGUGAACGUGUACGUCAACUUACCGCUGUCGGAAAAAGAGGACGAAUACGCUCUGCAUAUUUACACGCGGCAAAAGGGGUCAAAGGAAAACUUCAUAAACGCACUUAAUUAUUUAAUCAUUAUGGACAAAAUGCCAGCAGAAGUGACAAAUGGUAUAAUGAAGAAAAAAGAGAAGCCGUAUAUCCGCGAGGUGCGCGAGAACCUGCGCACGGCGGCCCGCCGGUCUCGGCCGAACAUCGAGGAGCUGUACGUGGCCAUCCAGCGGGCGGAACACAUCCAACUGGACGACAAAGAGAUCCUGGAGGAGGCCAGGAUCAAGAGGGAGAAACUCGUACUGGAGAGAGAUUUACGUCUGGCAAUACUACGCAGGAAGGAGGAGUUUCUCGACGACGUCCUGGCGCGAGUCCAAGACGCCCGGUUCGAGCAUCACCUCGACUACUUGCUGAUGGACGCCAUUGACGUCAGAGAUCAACUACGUCGUCUGAAGAUGUUCCUGCACGACGUCCUCCAACUGACGCAGCCUACCAUCUCCGAGAUCCACAACUACAUGCGGCCCAGGGACACCAUCCACGACGUCAUGACCGCCGUCUUUCUCAUCCUCGGAGAGGAGCCAGUCAAACUGAAGAAAUGGGAGUAUAUCCAGCACCAGAUGAGACAGGUGGGACGGACCAGUCUUAUUGCGCGUAUCAAGCGCUUUGAUGUCACCAACGUAGACAUGACCAAUAUUGAAAAGGCUCACCGACUGAUCGAAACGUACACCGAGGAAGCCGUAAAUGACGUCAGCGUCGGUGUAGCGAUCUUCUACAAAUGGGCUCAGAACAUCAUCGUAGAGUUGACGGUUACUGCGAACAACGAAAUCCAAAAGUACAGAGGACGGCGGGAAAAAAUAGAAGAAGACGCUCAGUUGAAUCACUUGCUCAGAAACACGUAAAUAAACCCGAUUCAUCAUGGCUGACUGACAGACGAUACAGCUUUCAAUUUAUGUUAACCAAAAUUACAAAAAAACAAUAGAAAGUUUAUAUAAAUAAGAUGUAAAAUCCGUUAAUAUGCUUUGCAGGCGCGUAUCCAUGAUGUAUUUUGCAGGAUGUCUACACCCAACUACCGUGAAUACAUCCUUGUUUACAGAGACGAAUCACGGGAUGGGAAUUAUAUUGCGUCUUUUACAAUUUUUCCAUCAAACAUAGUAAUUUCUAUGAGAUUGCCCGAUUCAGCAUCAAUGUUUACUGCUGAAAUUUGAUCAAUCAUUAAAGCUUUGGAACAGA